AUCCAAAUAAAAGCGAUCUCUACUUGAUACACAUCCAACAAUAUCUAUCUCUCUAUCAACAACAUACUCUUUAACAUCUUCUUGUCAUAAAUUGAAAAUGAAACAUAUAACAUGGGUGACACUUAACAUAGUAAUGCUAACGGUCUUGUUUUUGGCUGCAGUCACAUGCAAUGCACGCAAGAUGGGGAGUGCCCAAAAACUUAGGGUUCUUGCAGCCAAGUAUAACGUUACAUCCAUUCUGGUGUUUGGUGAUUCUGGUGUCGAUCCCGGUAACAACAACGAUCUCCCAAACACAUGGCACAAAGGCAACUUCUUGCCUUACGGGAAAGAUUUCGGUCAUUCCAUACCGACGGGACGGUUCACGAAUGGCAGACUUACUACAGAUUUCAUCGCUGCUGCUCUAGGUUACACAAAGGAAAUCAAAGCCUAUUUGGAUCGAAACCUUAAGGAAGAAGACCUGGUGCAUGGUGUUAGUUUUGCAUCAGGUGGAUCUGGUUUUGAUGAUUUUACAGCAAAUAUCACUAAUGUUAUACCUCUUAGCAAGCAACUGGAGUACUUCCAGGAGUACAAGAUUCGUAUGGAAAAGCUUGUUGGAAAAGAUAAUGCUCAUAAGAUUGUGAAGAACGCAGUGUUCGUCUUGAGCAUGGGUACAAAUGACUUCUUACAGAAUUACUACAUUGAUCCUACUCGAUCCCAAAGGUUCACCAUCGCUCAAUACCAACGUUACUUGAUCAAUUGCAUGGAGACUUAUGUUAAGAAAAUGCAUUCACUCGGAGUGACAAGACUGGCGGUUGUUGGGAUGGAGCCAUUUGGGUGCAUGCCUCUGAUAAGAACAUUAAGGAACAGUGUUGAAUGUGAUGAAGAUAUGAACCAAGUGGCUCUCUCUUUCAACGUUUUAUUGAAAGCAAAGUUGUCUACACUCAACGAAACACUAAACAUGAGAACUGACCUUAUUGACAUUUAUGGUGUCAUCCAAAACAUCUUACAAUGCCCAUCAAAAUAUGGUUUUACAGUAACGAAAAAGGGUUGUUGUGGAUCCGGAUUAACAGAAUUUGGGACGGCCUUAAAGGGGUUAAGUACAUGUCGAGAUCAUUCAAAAUACGUCUACUGGGAUGCCGUUCAUUUUACCGAAAAUAUGUAUUCGAUCAUUGCAGACAAGGCGAUGGAAUCUUUAAUCACGAGUAUUCAAGGCAACAAAUAAUCGUAUUAAAUCCAUUGCAUGCAUAUGUUGUUUGGCUCUAGGUUCUUAAUUAGUUUUAGUCACGAUAAACGAUGUUAUUUCUAUGUGGUUUGUUGUUGUAAAAUAAGAGGCUUUUUUU